AUGGCUAUGUCACAUGCUUAUGAUUGGUGUUACUGGAGUGUGCAAGAGCAACAGUGGGCCCAGAAGAGCCCCAGGUGCGUUCACAAAACUCUUCCCGUCAUCACCUUAUCCAAAAGCUACGAGCUUCUCAAAGAAGGGGAAGAAUUUGAAGUUACAUGCAUAAUCACAGAUGUGGAUAGCAGUGUACAAGCUAGUUGGAUUUCUCACAAAAGUGCGAUUGUUACAAGCAAAAGCAGAAAUUUGGGUGAUUAUGGAUACGAAAGGAAAUUAACAUUGAACAUCCGUUCAGUGGGAGUUAAUGAUUCUGGAGAAUUCACAUGCCAAGCAGAAAACCCUUUUGGAAAAACCAAUGCCACAGUAACCUUGAAAGCACUAGCUAAAGGAUUUGUCCAUUUGUUUGCAACAAUGAAUACCACAAUAGAUAUAAAUGCAGGACAAAAUGGAAAUUUAACAGUUGAAUAUGAGGCAUAUCCAAAACCGAAGGAAGAAGUCUGGAUGUACAUGAAUGAAACAUUACAGAAUUCAUCAGAUCAUUAUGUCAAAUUCAAGACUGUGGGCAGUAACAGUUAUACAAGUGAACUUCACCUUACCCGAUUAAAAGGAACAGAAGGAGGCAUUUACACAUUUUUUGUGUCCAAUUCUGAUGCCAGCUCCUCUGUAACGUUUAAUGUCUAUGUGAAAACAAAACCGGAGAUUCUUACUCUGGAUAUACUUAGCAAUGGUAUUCUCCAGUGCGUAGCAGCUGGAUUCCCAGCCCCUACCAUAUACUGGUAUUUUUGCCCAGGAACUGAGCAGAGGUGUUUUGAUUCACCGACAAUAUCCCCCAUGGAUGUCAAAAUCAGUUACACAAAUUCAUCAGUGCCAUCAUUUGAACGAAUCCUGGUUGAAAGCACCAUUAACGCCAGCAUGUUCAGGAGCACCGGCACCGUGUGCUGCGAGGCCUCCAGCAAUGGGGACAGGAGCUCUGCUUUCUUCAACUUUGCUAUUAAAGAACAAAUCCGUACCCAUACCCUCUUCACCCCUUUACUAAUUGCGUUUGGAGUUGCUGCAGGACUGAUGUGCAUUGUAGUCAUGAUCCUGGUGUACAUAUAUUUGCAGAAACCCAAAUACGAAGUUCAGUGGAAAGUUGUUGAAGAAAUAAAUGGAAACAACUAUGUUUACAUAGACCCAACGCAACUUCCUUAUGAUCACAAAUGGGAAUUUCCUAGAAACCGGUUGAGUUUUGGUAAAACCCUUGGUGCUGGAGCUUUUGGAAAAGUUGUUGAAGCCACUGCUUAUGGUCUGUUUAAAUCUGAUGCUGCUAUGACAGUAGCAGUAAAGAUGCUGAAAACGAGUGCCCAUUUAACAGAAAGAGAAGCCUUGAUGUCGGAGCUUAAAGUGCUGAGUUACCUUGGAAACCACAUUAAUAUUGUGAAUCUGCUUGGAGCUUGCACUAUUGGAGGUCCCACUCUGGUCAUUACAGAAUAUUGCUGCUAUGGUGAUCUUUUAAAUUUUCUGAGACGGAAACGAGAUUCAUUCAUUUGUUCAAAACAUGAAGAACAUGCAGAAACAGCAGUUUACGAAAACCUUUUGCAUCAGGCAGAGCCUGCAGCUGACGUUGCCAAUGAGUACAUGGACAUGAAACCAGGAGUGUCGUAUGCAGUCCCACCAAAAGCUGAUAAAAAACGACCAGUGAAGUCUGGAUCCUACACCGAUCAGGAUGUUACCCUUUCUAUGUCAGAAGAUGAUGAACUUGCUCUAGAUGUUGAAGAUCUACUAAGCUUUUCUUACCAGGUGGCAAAGGGCAUGAGCUUCCUUGCCUCCAAAAAU